CCCAGGACACCAAGCGCUCGGAGCCGCCGUUACGUAACCGGCACCCAGAGCCUCCGAAGACCGGAAGGCCCCGCUCAGGCCCCGGCCCCGCCCCGGCCCGGCCGGGCAGCCGGUAGGUGCCGUGCGCAACCCUCCGGAAGCUGCCGCCCCUUUCCCCUUUUAUGGGAAUCCUUUUUAAAAAAUAAGAGUUCGCUGACGCCACCCCGUAGGACUGGCCGCCCUAAAACCGUGAUAAAGGAGCUGCUCGCCACUUCUCACUUCCGCUUCCUUCCAGUAAGGCGUCGGGGUCUUCCCCAGUUUUCUUAGCCAGGCGGCGGCGGCGACUGGCGAUGUUCGGCCUCAAAAGAAACGCGGUAAUCGGACUCAACCUCUACUGUGGGGGGGCCGGCUUGGGUGCUGGCAGCGGCGGCGCCACCCCUCCGGGAGGGCGGCUUUUGGCUACGGAGAAGGAGGCCUCGGCCCGGCGAGAGAUAGGGGGAGGGGAGGCCGGCGCGGUGAUUGGCGGAAGCGCCGGCGCAAGCCCCCCGUCCACCCUCACGCCAGACUCCCGGAGGGUCGCGCGGCCGCCGCCCAUUGGCGCCGAGGUCCCCGACGUCACCGCGACCCCCGCGAGGCUGUUUUUCUUCGCGCCCACCCGCCGCGCGGCGCCGCUUGAGGAGAUGGAAGCCCCGGCCGCCGACGCCAUCAUGUCGCCCGAAGAGGAGCUGGACGGGUACGAGCCGGAGCCUCUCGGGAAGCGGCCGGCUGUCCUGCCUCUGCUGGAGUUGGUCGGGGAAUCUGGUAAUAACACCAGUACGGACGGGUCACUACCCUCGACGCCGCCGCCAGCAGAGGAGGAGGAGGACGAGUUGUACCGGCAGUCGCUGGAGAUUAUCUCUCGGUACCUUCGGGAGCAGGCCACCGGCGCCAAGGACACAAAGCCAUUGGGCAGGUCUGGGGCCACCUGCAGGAAGGCUCUGGAGACCUUACGACGGGUUGGGGAUGGCGUGCAGCGCAACCACGAGACGGCCUUCCAAGGCAUGCUUCGGAAACUGGACAUCAAAAACGAAGACGAUGUGAAAUCGUUGUCUCGAGUGAUGGUCCAUGUUUUCAGCGACGGCGUAACAAACUGGGGCAGGAUUGUGACUCUCAUUUCUUUUGGUGCCUUUGUGGCUAAACACUUGAAGACCAUAAACCAAGAAAGCUGCAUCGAACCAUUAGCAGAAAGUAUCACAGACGUUCUCGUAAGGACAAAACGGGACUGGCUAGUUAAACAAAGAGGCUGGGAUGGGUUUGUGGAGUUCUUCCAUGUAGAGGACCUAGAAGGAGGCAUCAGAAAUGUGCUGCUGGCUUUUGCAGGUGUUGCUGGAGUAGGAGCUGGUUUGGCAUAUCUAAUAAGAUAGCCUUACUGUAAGUGCAAUAGUUGACUUUUAACCAACCACCACCACCACCAAAACCAGUUUAUGCAGUUGGACCCCAAGCUGUAACUUCCUAGAGUUGCACCCUAGCAACCUAGCCAGAAAAGCAAGUGGCAAGAGGAUUAUGGCCAACAAGAAUAAAUACAUGGGAAAGUGCUCCCCAUUGAUUGAAGAGUCACUGUCUGAAAGAAGCAAAGUUCAGUUUCAGCAACAAACAAACUUCAUUUGGGAAGCUAUGGAGGAGGACUUUUAGAUUUAGUGAAGAUGGUAGGGUGGAAAGACUUAAUUUCCUUGUUGAGAACAGGAAAGUGGCCAGUAGCCAGGCAAGUCAUAGAAUUGAUUACCCGCCGAAUUCAUUAAUUUACUGUAGUGUUAAGAGAAGCACUAACAAUGCCAGUGACCUGUGUAAAAGCUACAAGUAAUAGAACUAUGACUGUAAGCCUCAGUACUGUACAAGGGAAGCUUUUCCUCUCUAUAAUUAGCUUUCCCAGUAUACUUCUUGAAAUAGAAAGUCCAAGUGUUCAGGACUUUUAUACCUGUUAUACUUUGGCUUGGUUUCCAUGAUUCUUUCUUUAUUAGCCUAGUGUAUCGCCAAUAAUACUUGACGGAAGGCUCAGUAAUUAGUUAUGAAUAUGGAUAUCCUCAAUUCUUAAGACAAACAACUUGUAAAUGUAUUUGUAAAAAUUGUAUAUGUUUUUACAGAAAGUCUAUUUCUUUGAAACGAAGGGAGUAUCAAAUUUACAUUAGUUUUUUUCAUACCCUUUUGAACUUUGCAACUUCCGUAAUUAGGAACCUGUUUCUUACAGCUUUUCUAUGCUAAACUUUGUUCUGUUCAGUUCUAGAGUGUAUACAGAACGAAUUGAUGUGUAACUGUAUGCAGACUGGUUGUAGUGGAACAAAUCUGAUUGAUAAACUAUGCAGGUUUAAAUUUUAUCUGAUUUUGGUAAGUAUUCCUUAGAUAGGUUUUUCUUUGAAAAUCUGGGAUUGAGAGGUUGAUGAAUGGAAAUUCUUUCACUUCAUUAUAUGCAAGUUUUCAAUAAUUAGGUCUAAGUGGAGUUUUAAGGUUACUGAUGACUUACAAAUAAUGGGCUCUGAUUGGGCAAUACUCAUUUGAGUUCCUUCCAUUUGACCUAAUUUAACUGGUGAAAUUUAAACUGAAUUCAUGAGCUCAUCUUUAAAGCUUUUACUAAAAGAUUUUCAGCUGUUCCAAAUGGAACUCAUUAGCUAUGUGCAUAUAAAAAGAUCACAUCAGGUGGAUGGAGAGACAUUUGAUCCCUUGUUUGCUUAAUAAAUUGUAAAAUGAUGGCUUGGAAAAGCAGGCUAGUCUAACCAUGGUGCUAUUAUUAGGCUUGCUUGUUACACGCACAGGUCUAAGCCUAGUAUGUCAAUAAAACAAAUACUUACUGUUUUGUUUCUAUUAAUGAUUCCCAAACCUUGUUUCAAAUUUUUGCAUUGGCAUCUUUGGAUUUCAGUCUUGAUGUUUGUUCUGUCAGACUUACCUUUUAUUUCCUGUCCUUCCUUGAAAUUGCUGCUUGUUCUGCUCCCUCUACAGAUAUUUAUAUCAAUUCCUACAGCUUUCCCCUGCCAUCCCGGAACUCUUUCUAGCCCUUUUAGAUUUUGGCACUGUGAAACCCCUGCUGGAAACCUGAGUGACCCUCCCUCCCCACCAAGAGUCCACAGACCUUUCAUCUUCCAUGAACUUUAUGCUGUUAGCAGGUGGUAAUACCAUGGGUGCCGUGACACCAACAGUCAUUGCUUUAUCCUGUCUUUGGGGGAAAUGUGUCAAAAGUCCCCUCAGGAAUUUUCAGAGGAAGAAACAUUUUAUGAGGCUUUCUCUAAAGUUUCCUUUGUAUAUGAGUGUGCUCACUUAAAUUUACAGAAAGAGGUGAGCUGUGUUAAACCUCAGAGUUUAAAAGCUACUGAUAAACUGAAGAAAGUGUCUGUAUUGGAACUAGGGUCAUUUGAAAGCUUCAAUCUUGGAACAUGACCUUUAGUCUGUGGACUCCAUUUAAAAAUAGGUAUGAAUAAGAUGACUAAGAAUGUAAUGGGGAAGAAUUGCCCUGCCUGCCCAUCUCAGAGCCAUAAGGUCAUCUUUGCUAGAGCUAUUUUUACCUAUGUAUUUAUCGUUCUUGAUCGUAAGCCACUUAUUUAUAUCAUGUAUCUCUAAGGACCUAAAAGCACUUUAUGUAGUUUUUAAUUAAUCUUAAGAUCUGGUUAUGGUAACUAAAAAAGCCUGUCUCCCAAAUCCAGUGGAAACAAGUGCAUAGAUGUGAAUUGGUUUUUAGGGGCCCCACUUCCCAAUUCAUUAGGUAUGACUGUGGAAGUACAGACAAGGAUCUUAGUUGAUAUUUUGGGCUUGGGGCAGUGAGGGCUUAGGUCACCCCAAGUGGUUUGGGAAAGGAGGAGGGGAGUGGUGGGUUUAUAGGGAGAGGAGGAGGCAGGUGGUCUAAGUGCUGACUGGCUACAUAGUUCGGGCAAAUCCUCCAAAAGGGAAAGGGAGGAGUUGCUUAGAAGGAUGGCGCUCUCAGUGACUACUUUUUGACUUCUGUUUGUCUUACGCUUCUCUCAGGGAAAAACAUGCAGUCCUCUAGUGUUCAUGUACGUUCUGUGGGGGGUGAACACCUUGGUUCUGGUUAAACAGCUGUACUUUUGAUAGCUGUGCCAGGAAGGGUUAGGACCAACUACAAAUUAAUGUUGGUUGUCAAAUGUAGUGUGUUUCCCUAACUUCCUGUUUUUCCUGAGAAAAAAAAAUAAAUCUUUUAUUCAAA